UCCAGACCUUUCCGAGUCUGCAGUUCUGAGUUGGGGCUUCCUGAGCCUCUGAUCCUUGGCUGAGAUGCUUCAGAGUCUUAUUAAGAAAGUUUGGAUCCCCAUGAAACCCUACUAUACCCAAGUUUACCAGGAGAUUUGGGUAGGAACGGGGUUGAUGGUCUAUAUCGUUUAUAAAAUCAGGAGUGCUGAUAAAAGAAGUAAAGCCUUGAAAGCUUCCACCCCUGCACCAACUCAUGGUCAUCAUUAACCAGCUUUCCGCGGA